UACCUGGGCAUCCACACUUAUCAUGGGGACAAUAUGUACCUUCUACAUCACAAUUGGUGGUGUAAAGGCUGUGGUGUACACAGACGUGUUGCAAACGUUGCUCAUGUUUGGCGGGGUGCUGGUGGUGGUGAUCCUCUGUUGUAUUGGCCUGGGCGGCGUUGACAAAGUGUGGGCCAUUGCAGACCGAGGUGGACGCAUCCAAUUUUUCAACCUCGACACGAGCCCUUUUGAGCGCCACACUCUGAUGUCCACUAUGGUCUUCGGCUGUUACUUUAUGGUCUCUACCAUCGGCUUCAACCAAAACGCCUUCCAGAGAUUAGCAUCUGUGAGGACGCUUCAGACAUCACAAAG